AUAUUCACUAUUUUAUUAAAAUAAGUUAGGUUAGGUCGGUGACAGCUGUUGUUGACAGUUGAUUUAAAAUUUACAUAAACCGAUGUGAAAUGGCAGAAAAUUUGCAGAAACGAGUAAUGGCAGAGAAAAAAAGAAAUUACAAGUGGUGUUUUGUGCCUUCAUGCACUCAAAACAAUAUCUGUUCUCCAUCAACAAUUUUCCUGUCAGUGCCAAAAGGAGAGAUUCGAAGAAAAUGGUUCGAAAUCUCAGGCCGAACUGAUGCUUCAACUAUAUCGCUGACUAGUAGUUUGUUUUGUUGUGAACACCAUUUCAAUUUAGAGGAGGAUGUUGAAAAUUACAUGCAAGUCAGGUUCAUUCCAAACGUACUCAUUCGCUUAAAGAAUGGAGUUAUGCCGACAAAAUUUGCUUGCCAGCCUCAUCGAGAAACAUCAGAUGCAAGCAACAUUAAUAUCGUCAGUAAUACUUACAGCUGCACAGUCUUCGCAUCGAACAUAUUCGACCUUGUCUAUCUCUUCGUUAACAAGCAUCGAUACAGAGUAAGGUUUAUUAUUUACUCUAUGUUCAGGACAUAUUUUCCCUCGGACUUGGCAGAAAUUACCUUCACGUUUUACUUCAACGUAUCCCACAGCUGCAUCACCAUAAUCUUUAUCUUCAGCCCUGUAAAAUACAGAUAUUGAUUGUGGAACUAUAUUAAACUUUUAUAUAUAUUGAAUGUAUGUAAAGUGUGUAAACACCUUUUAGCUUUAACACCUCUUGUCUCUGCCACGUUAAAAAAUUCAUUUUCACUAAAAAAGUCAGCAACCAUUAAAACGUUUAAUUUUGGUAAAUUAUCCGAUUGAGCUUUAACAAAACCUGUAA